UAUCCGCGGAAUAAGGAGAAGUAGGUGGGGGAAGAAGCGUUCCACCCCCCCUCUCUCUCCGGUGCGGUUGGUAGGCUCCGGAGCGCGCGGUGACAGGCACGGCACAAGAUGGCGGCGGGCGGGGUGAGCGCGCAAUGGCCGCCCCUGCAGAGGAGGAGGCGGGGGGAGGAGUAAUCGAGCUUUGUUCCCCGGACUGGCCGGGUGGGGAGGCGGAGGAGGCCGUGACCGGCGGCGGCGGCGCGCUGCGACGAACCCGACCCAGAAAACGCGUCUGCGGCUGGCCUCCCCCCGGGCGGGCCAUGGAGAGCCCGGGACCCCCGUGAGGAGCCGCCUGCCGCCCACCCCCUCCUGCAUGGCGGACAUGGCCCCGGCGCUGACCGGAGCCGCACAGGAAGCUCCUCACCGGAUCCGACUCGGCGGAGGCUCCUCGUCCCCGGCCUGGAGGGGCCGCACCGGGCUGCUGCUACUCAACGGCGGGGGGAGGGCGGAGGAGGAUGAUGAACCGGGGGGGCCCCUGAUGGACGAGGCACCGGGGCCCCUGAAGAGAGGGGUGAGGAGGCCCCUGCGGGGGCCCAGAGAGGACAUGGGGCCCCUGACUGGACUGAAUUCCGCACCGAGGGCCGCCCCCGGGGCCCCUACACCGCAGGGCCACUCUGCGUCCACGCCGGGCCCCCGGGACAGGAGAACCGAGAGCGCACCGGGGCCCUUCGCCGCAUCAGGCGGGCCCCGGGAGAGGAGGCAGGAGAAUUCGUCGGGGCCCGUCGUCGUCGGGCCCCGGGAGAAGAGGACUGAGAGCGUACCGGGGCCCGUGGGGCUGAAAGUUGGGUUGGGGUCCCGGGAGAGGACGACGGGUUGCUCGUCGGGGCCGGUCGCCGCACCUCAGGGGCUGAAAGUUGUGCCGGGCCCCCGGGAGAGGAGGACUGACAGCGCGUCGGGGCCCGUCGCUGCACCUCAGGGGCUGAAAGUUGGGCUGGGGCCCGUCACUGCACCGCUGGGGCCCCGGGAGAGGAGGACUGAGAGUACCCCGGGGCCGGAGAGGCUGAAAGACGGGCUAGGGCCCGCUGAGAGAAAAUUGGGGGCGGCGAUGGGGUCUGACGCCGCACCGGAGAGGUUUAAUAACAGGCUGGAGAGGACAGGCGGGGGCGCACCGGGGCCCCUCGCCACACCAGAGAGGAGUAAAGCUGGGCCGGAGCCCCGGGAGAGAACGGACAUUGCACUGGGGGGCAACGCAAAGGGCCACCUUGCUGGGCGAGACUUGGCAUUGGAUUCUAAGGGGAGGGCGGAGGGGUUAUCGGUUGGUGCACUGGGGCCCCCGGCUACUGAACGGGACUCUGCACAAGGGCCCGUGGAUUCUCAGGACACCACCACCACCGCCGCUCGGGGGCCCCGGGUCCUGUGCGCUUUGAGGGCGGCCCAGAUGUCCAGCCGCCAGCAGGAACUGGGAGCGAGGGCCCGCCGGCUGUGCCGGAGGCUCCAGGUGAUCCAGGCCAAGCAGGUGGAGCGGCACGUCCGGCAGCAGCUGUCGGGGUUGGUGGAGCUGCUGUCGGAGCGAGGGGCGGCCGGCCUACCGGGGUCCUCCCCGCACAUUGAACUGGACCGGCUGACGUGCAGCUCCACGGCCCGGCUGCGGGCGGCCCAGGGGGGGUUCGACUCGGACGCCACGGAGAGCAGCUCAGGCGGGGAGAGUGACGAGGAGGAGGAGGAGGAAGAAGAGGAGGAUGAGGAAGAAGAAACAACAACGGCUGGGAGUCUGGAGGAAGAGCGAGCGGAAGAGGAGCAGAGCCGAGCCCCGGGGUCUCCCCGGCAUUCGGAUUGGAGGUGGGCGGUGGAGCGAGCGGCCAUUAUCUGUCGCUGGACCUGGUUGCAGGCUCAGGUUUCUGACCUGGAGUUCCGGAUAAGACAACAGACAGAAAUCUACAAGCAAAUCCGCUGCACCAAGGGUGGUGUUGUGCUCGGGGACUCUCCUCAUUGUGAAGACUCUACCGCUCGGCAGACGGCCAACUCUGUGGUGCUGAAUGCAAGAGGCAACCGGGUGCCUUCCUCCUGUUCCAAGACUACCCCAAAAGCUCCCUCGGGGGACGAUCCUUGUAACACUCCCACCCCUCCUCCUCAGAGUGUAGAUAAACAGUGUUCCCGCCUUACACAGUCUGAAAAUGUCGCGUGUCAAAAUCCACCCACCACACCCGCGUGCGACUCCCCCGGAUCCCAGAAAACAUCUCGUCAAGUCAAUGGACUCAUCAAUUGUGUGCGUUCCAGUGUGUCUUGUAAUGGCUCUGCAGAGGAUCCAGAGGAGGUGUUGGGUAAGAAGCGUCGCGUGGAUACCCCGUCUGCAUCACCAGCACUUUCCGAUUCCACCUGUGUGGCGGCUCGAACGCGGCCCCUGCGAGGGCACAAGAAGCGCAGCUUGGUCCGGUCCAGUGAUGUGUCCUCCCUCAGCAGAAAGCCACAGAAGCCGUUGUCAGCGAAGUGUGGAUGUGAACCCCCCACCACAUGUAUCCUGUGUGGUUGUAAGACAUAUGCAAAGACAUCACACCCCAGCACCAUGGCUCUAAAUGAGCAGAUCUCCCUGAUGGACCCCUGCUACCACCCCAUCCUGUCCUUCCCCUAUGACACACCCUUCCAUUUGCACUUUCAAUCAUUGCUGAAAGAGGACAGGCAGUUCCGCGCCUCUAAUAAGCUGAAAAUCCUGAAGCUUUCGCAGCUCGCCAAGAAACCCCAGGAGACCGGCAGGUCGAUGUUCCGGGACGACAGGCAAUACAAAGGAAUGUCGGGUCCCAGCAUUCAUAUGUCCUCUGCAGUAACACCAAGACCAAACCCAGCAGCUCACCAGCUUCCCUCCCUCACCGAUACGCCCCCUUCUGUCAGUCAGCAGAACAGCGCCUCAGCGGCUCUUAAACGGAAAAGGUUUGAGAACUCCUAUGACAUCGACAACAUCGUCAUUCCAAUGUCUCUGGUGGCAGCUUCCCGUGUGGAGAAACUUCAGUACAAAGAGAUUCUGACACCGAGUUGGCGAGUGCUGGAUUCUUCAGAGACAGAGCUGUUGGGUGUGAAUCCACAGCUGGAAGAUUUGUCAUCUGAUGUGUAUCAAGACCGACACAGCUACUUUGAGGAGCUGGAACGUUCCCGGUGGGAUUCAUGGGCUUCUACUACUGCGCCCCAACGACGAGGGAGCAGAUCAUCCAACAGAUCAGAUGGUCGUUGGACACCACAGCCUCCAAACAGCCAGGGAUCAUCUCAGCAGAUUCCCUCCCCAGACAUCCGAUUCCAAAGCCUUAACGACGUCCCGUUUUCCCUGUCCUCUGCUGCAGCCGACAACAACCCAGAGCCUUACAGCACUGUCCAAUGCCGGACCCGAGUGCUCUCCUGGAGCGAAGACACCAGAUCUUCCACGCCUGAGAUCCCAGAUGAGGAGGAACAGCAGAUUGUCCAGCCGUGGGAACCGCGCUUUUUCCCUCUAUCGGACAGAGACUGCCGCGCUCUCCUGAAUUCGCCUGAAACGCCGAGCAGAGGCAGGACCAAGCCGCCCCUGGACGUUUCCUGGCCGACGUCGAGCAAGCCUUGCGCAUGGACUGAAAGCGUAGACUCUGGCAUGUCAACAGAAAUCCUCACCCCAGCCUCCAAAGAGCCCCCCUUACCCAAUAGCAUUUCAGUAGUUCGAGUCCGAGCCCACAGCGGCGACAAAAUAGCGAGCCUGGAAUACUUUCCACCCAGGCCGGUGAACAAGAGAUGAGAGGUCCUCUUUUUUUUAUUUUUAAUCACAGGAUGUGUGAGCAGAGAACACAAAUCCAUAUACUUUAUUUCAGUAUCAAGUGCUUGGCUGGCUUGCAGGCCCAAGUGGAGCAUUAGGGUGCACCAUGAUGUAGGGGUUCCUGGGCUCAGCGGCACGCUGAAGUGAGAAGCCUGCGAGUGGUACAGCACACCGCUACAUGCUGAAAGUCCAUAUGGGCCACAGGAUGGUCUCCGUAAUGGGGAGGACCCCCCCAAUUUCCUGUGGUCUCCUGGUAGCUGCGUAGGCAGUGCAGGUACAUGGAGCAGGCUGGUGUAGCUGGUUGAAAGAGGUGAAAGAUUGGUAAAAAAAAAAAAAAUUACAGAGCAUUCUAAUCGGGGAAACAAAAAUAAAAAAUACGAGAAUGAAAGUCGGGGGGGAAAUAAUGAGGUUUAGUCCCUCGACGUCCAGAGAGGAGCGAGAGAGAGAGCUUUGGGCUUCUGUGGCUAUGAGGUGGCCAGUUGCUGUUCUCCAUUUCCUGUCCCAGUCCUGAAUUUUCUAUCCUACUUUUGUUCAUCACUGUGUAUCGGUGGCAGGAGGAGAGCGCCACGUCCCCGGUGUUUUGUCACGUCGCCCACACAACUUUUUUUGCUUGCAUCACUCACCGCAGUGGAUGGCCGGAAUCUCGUUGUAGAAUUGUCAGGUCUGUCUGUGCAGAGGUUGUGGUCCCAGAAAAGUUACAGCCGAUCUCCUCCUCCUUUUCUCCUUCCUCCUCCCUCCCUGUCCCCGGGAACAAAGAUGCUGUAAUUAUUUAAUAAAUGGGGGGGGAAAAAUGACUCCUAUAUGAGAAUAGCCUGGUGUAUAUGGAUAUAUGGAAUUAGACAAAAAAAAAUAAAUAAAAAAAAAAUAAUAAAUUCUAAAUCCUA